GUGCAAAGCGUGUGUGUGUGUGUGGUGUUAUUCAGUUUUUCAGUUCAUAGAAUUACUGAGAAUAGAAGCGGAGAGAAAGAGAGAAAAGAAAAAUAGAGAAAUAGAGGAAGAGAGGGAGAGAGAGAGAGAGAGAGAGAGAGAGAGAGAGAAAGCAGAGAAUGAAACAGAGUGUUCUCAUUAUCAUUCUCUGCUUCGCAAUCCUCGGUAAAACGUCUUCUUAAGGUGUUAUCGGAGACGGCGACGACGACGGCGAUUAUCGAUCCGACUGAUCCGAUGGCGAAGACGGACGUCUCCGAUUCUGAUCCAACGUUGAUGGCUAAAGCGACCGAAUUGAAGAAAGAAUUGCAGAGACUGGUGAAGGCUAUCGUCGACGAUGAGGAUUAUACCGCUGAAACAAUCGAUCAGGCUAAAGACGCUCUCUCUUCUCUCAAAGAACUCAAACUGAGGAAGCGAUCGCCGUCUUUGAAGCUCCAUGAGACUCUGUCUUGUCCUGAGGAAUUUCGAUGUCCACUCUCUAAGGAGUUGAUGAAAGAUCCAGUGAUUGUGUCUAGUGGCCAGACAUAUGAUAGAGCGUUCAUCCAGAAAUGGUUAAAAGCAGGCAACAGGAUAUGCCCUCGUACCCAGCAAGUUCUGUCAGACACAAGCCUAAUUCCCAAUCACUUGAUCCGGGAGAUGAUAUCGCAGUGGUGCAAGAGUCGAGGGCUCGAGUUGUUGGAUCCUGCUCACUACGUAAAUGAUGAUGUUGUAACAGCAGCUGAUCGAGACCAUUUUAUUUCUUUGCUUGAGAAGGUUUCUUCAUCGGUGUCUGAGCAGAAAGAAGCUGCAAAGGAGCUUCGACUAUUGACGAAGAGGAUGCCAUCGUUCCGGGCUCUUUUCGGUGAGUCUCAGGAUGCCAUCCCUCAAUUGCUUAAUCCACUUUCACAAGGCGAGUCUCUAAGCGAUACUCAAUUGGAACUUCAAGAAGAUUUGAUUACCACUCUCCUAAAUCUUUCCAUCCAUGACAACAACAAGAAGCUCGUCGCAGAAACCCCCAUGGUGAUACCUUUACUUAUGGAUGCAUUGAGAACGGGAACCAUUGAGACAAGGAGCAAUGCAGCUGCAGCCCUUUUCACGUUGUCGGCUAUUGAUUCCAAUAAGGCACUCAUAGGGAAAUCCGGUGCACUGAAACCGCUUAUUGACCUAUUGGAGGAGGGGCAUCCAUCAUCGGUGAAGGAUGUUGCCUCAGCAAUUUUUAAUUUAUGCAUCAUCCAUGAGAACAAGGCAAGAGCUGUGCGCGAUGGCGCGGUAAGAGUGAUUGUGAAUAAAAUAGUGAACCGCAUGUAUGUGGAUGAAUUGCUGGCUAUCCUCGCAAUGCUUUCGAGCCAUCAGAAGGCUCUAGAAGAGAUGGGGGAGCUAGGAGCUGUUCCUUGCUUGCUUAACAUUAUCAGGGAGAGUAGUUGUGGUCGUAACAAGGAAAAUUGCAUUGCGAUCCUCUACACUAUAUGUUUCAAUGAUCGAACCAAGUGGAAGGAAUUGAGGGAAGAGGAGAAGACUUAUGGAACAAUAUCUGAGCUUGCUAAGAGUGGCACUUCCAGGGCUAAGAGAAAAGCAAAUGGGAUUCUCGAGAGAUUGAACAGGGCUGUUAACUUGACGCAUACUGCGUGAUUGGGAUCGCUGCUGUUUUGCAAUUACAGAACACCAUUGUUGUAAAUUCUGCAUCUAUAUCAAUUUCUCGCUGCGCGGGUGUUAGUGGAACAUUGCAACUCAAGCUCGCUGAUCUUUGGUCAUCCUCGGUCGCCAUUUUGUACAUUCCCAUUUUUCUCUCCCAAGUUUUAAUUUAAGGCUUUUUUCUUUUCUUUUUUUUUCCCCCUUUUUUUGAGUUAGUCAUUGUGAAUAAAAUAUAAUACAAGCUUUAUCAGUAAGAUUUUCUUCUUCU